AUGUCUCUCAGCAAACGUGCCCUCUCCCUCGUCCUCUGCCUCUGUGCUUCCUUCCUCCGCUCCGGCUUGCAUGUCGACGGCUCUGAGGAGCCGAAGGCUUACAUUGUUCACGUCAAGGGCCCCGAGAAGGUGGACUUCGAUGUCGCAGAACAGUGGAGCGAUUGGUACUCCUCUCUCUUGGAGAGUGCAGCUACACCAUUAGGACUGGCGUCUGAAGAAGGUGACCCGCGCUCGCGCCUUAUCUACUCCUACCGCAACGUCAUGACGGGCUUCGCUGCGCGGCUCACCCCGAGGGAGGUGGAGGCAAUCUCGACGAUGGACUGGUUUCUGCACGCCUACCCCAGCCGUGUUUACCGCCUUAAGACAACACACACACCCGAGUUCCUGGGACUGAGGCUCCGGAGCCACGGCGUGUGGAACGAGAGCAACAUGGGCGAAGGAAUCAUCAUCGGCCUCCUCGACACCGGCGUCACCCCCGGCCAUCCUUCCUACGACGACCACGGCAUGCCGCCGCCGCCGGCCAAGUGGAAGGGGCGCUGCGACUUGAAGGCGUCGGCUUGCAACAACAAGCUCAUCGGUGCAAGGUCUUUCAUCAAUCACGACGGACGCGACCGUCGGUCGACUGGCACGCCCGUCGACGAAGAAGGUCACGGCACGCACACGUCGAGCACCGCCGCCGGGGCGUUCGUGAAGCGUGCCAACGUCAACGGGUUCGCCCCGGGAGUCGCUGCCGGGAUGGCUCCCCGUGCUCACAUCGCUGCCUACAAGGUGUGCGACGAAAUCGCAUGCAUGGGUCACGACAUGUUGGCCGCCAUGGACGCCGCGGUGGACGAUGGGGUCGACGUGCUCUCCUUCUCGAUCAGCGCCGACCCAAUUCCCUUCCACUCGGACCCGAUCGCGCAGGGUACCUUCAACGCUAUCGGCAAAGGUGUCUUCAUCAGCUGCUCAGCCGGCAACGAGGGGCCCGAUCCUGGCUCCGUGAAUAACGAUGCGCCGUGGGUACUUACGGUGGGAGCGAGCACCACAGACCGCCUCUUCUUGGCCUCCGUGAAGCUUGGCAACGGACGAAAGCUCUAUGGGGAAUCACUGCACCGGCCGCGUUCCUUCAACCCCAAAAUGCUACCUCUCGUUUACCCCGGCUUCGUCACAGCUAAAGAUGGCGCCUACAUGUGCAUCAAUGGCACCUUAGAUGGUGUGGACGUCCGCGGAAAGAUGGUGUUGUGCCAGCUUGGCGUCAUUGACAGUGUGCAAAUGAGUGAAGUCGUCAAGAAAGCCGGCGGUGCCGGGAUGAUCGUCAUGAACUAUCCGGUAGACGGGUACACGAUCAUAGCCGACGACCAUGUGCUCCCGACAUCCGUGGUUCCAUACGCUUACGGACUCGAGAUCCAGGCCUACAUCAACUCCACCUCUACCCCGAUCGCGAACAUCAUCUACCACGGCACCGUCAUGCGCAGGCCCCACUCGCCGGAUGUGGCCUCGUUCUCCUCCCGCGGGCCCAGCCAAAUCACGCCGGGGAUCCUGAAGCCGGACAUCAUCGGGCCAGGCGUCGACAUCCUCGCCGGGUGGAACUCCCAGGCCUUCGCCUUGAUGUCCGGCACCUCCAUGUCCUGCCCGCACCUCUCCGGCAUCGCAGCUCUAAUCAAGAAAGCGCACCCCGGCUGGUCGCCGGCCGCGAUCAAAUCGGCGAUCAUGACGACAGCGUACGUGACGGACAACACAGGAGGGCCGAUCCUCGACGAGCUGCACCACCCGGCCGACCUCUUCGCCGUAGGCGCGGGUCACGUGAAUCCACGGCAGGCCAUCGAUCCAGGUCUCGUCUACGACCUCACGCAGGAAGACUACGUUCCGUAUCUUUGUGGCCUCGGCUACAAUGACUCGGCUGUUAGCGCCCUAACUCGCAAACCCGUGCGCUGCUCGUCUCUUAAGAGCAUCUCCCAAGGAGAGCUGAACUACCCUUCCAUAUCGGUCAAGCUGCGGGCGAACAGUUCGAAGUCGGUCAGCUACACACGGACGGUGACCAAUGUGGGGAAGCCGACGUCGAUUUACGCGGUGAAGGUCGACAUGCCGAAGGGGGUGUCGGCGAGCGUUACGCCAACCACGCUGUCGUUCAAGAAGGUGAACCAGAAGAAAAGCUUCAGCAUCAGCUUCUGGAGAAGCGGAGGUCGAUCGGGCAGAGUCAGUGGGCAACUGAGGUGGGUGUCGAGGAAGCACGUUGUUAGAAGCCCAAUCUCCAUCCUCUUGAAGUAA